AUGGGAGAUAAACCGGACACUUUGAGGAGGUGGACACCGCAGCCACAGCGGCGGGGCCGAAGGGAGUUGCAGGUUCACAAGGACGCAGAAGAAAGCGGAUCGCCACCGAAAACCAAGACGACACGAACACCGAGCCCACAGCUCAUCCAACAGACAUAA